GAUCACAGGCCAAAUUACCUUUUAAGUAUCAUAAAUACCUUCUGAUGUAUGCUGAGAUGUCAUUGUUAGCAAAGAGUGGCUAACCCGCUACAGCCUACCCGAGGGAGCCGUCGAGUUUUGGCAGUUGACCAAAGAAAGGACGCUGAGCCUCUGACAUGGACAACCUACCGAACAAUCAACCGGGACAUGUGCAGUAUUUUGAAGAGGUCAAGUACUACCCCAGCAACUACACCAUCCAGACGCUGCCAGGCACGACCAGUGACAUGAGCGCCUUCCAGCAGUACCAGCAGGUGAUGGUCCAGCCCAGCCCUGCCCCGCUCAAGGGUGUCGUACAGGACGCCUCGCAGAAGAGGGCGCUGCGCUUGUUGAAGAACAGGGACGCCGCGCGAGAGUAUCGCGAGAGAAAGAUUGAGUAUUUUAAGCGGCUGGAGAACCGCGUGGUGGACCUGGAGAAACAGAACAACGCUCUGAUGGAGGAGAUCCGAGCCCUGAAGAUCAAACACGGAAUCAAAGUGGAAAAAGAAGAGAAAAUGUGAAUUCUUCCACUUCUCACCUUUGUGGCAUAAUCAUGUUCGGUGCCACGCGUUGUGUUUUGGAAAUUUUGUUUGACCAAUAAAGAACCUUGUGCAAAUGUGACAUUUUAACCGGUGGGUU